GUGAGGGAUGCUGAGGACAAGGGCAGCGGCGCAGGGCAUGGGUGUGAGCAGGAGAACUGAGAAAAUUGCACCAGAAGGAGCUGAGGGGCCCCCUGUGGAGGCCGGGAAGGAGUCGGGGUUGGUGGCCCAGAGCUGUAUUGUGUUGGAAGUCUUCCUGCCUGAACUUGGUGUUGAUGUUUUCCCUUCACUCCAUCAAGUGGACGGGGGUGAAGGAGAUGGGAGGACUACUGCAAGCGGCCCUGAAUUCUAAGGGAUAAAGAAGUCCCACAGUUGACUCUCUCUCCUACCCCUUCUCCAGAUCUGAUUUCACAUAGAUGUUCCUGAGAACAUUGCCACCUGCCCCUCCCUUUCCCAUCCUACUAAUCCCCUCCCUCCCUCCCUCCCUCCCGCAACCCUUCCCUCCUUUCCUUUCCUUUCAGGGAAACUGGCCAGAGUAAGGCAGCCCUUUAACCAAAUGUAGACUCUGUGAAGUUUUCUUUUUCUUUCUGGCAACAAAGUAUUGCGUGAGAGGGAAUGGGAGAAGAGCACAGAAAGCAGGGGGGUGGCUCUUGGAACAACCACGUUAAGGCCCAUCUUCUCCCAAAGAGCGGGAUGAGUGGGUGCUCCGGCGGGGAUGUGGUCAUUUCGGACCAGUGAGAGCGGGAGUGCCACAGCCCACUUCUUCCUUGGAGCUGGAGAUGAGGGGCUGGGCACCCGUCAUCGAAUAGGCAUGAGGACAGAAGACAGUGACAGCGAGCUCCUCGAGGAUGAGGAGGAUGAAAUGCCUCCUGAACCUCAGAUCAUUGUUGGCAUCUGUGCCAUGACGAAGAAAUCCAAGUCCAAGCCAAUGACCCAAAUCCUAGAGAGACUCUGCAGAUUUGACUACCUGACUGUUAUUAUCCUGGGAGAAGAUGUGAUCCUCAAUGAACCUGUGGAAAACUGGCCAUCCUGCCACUGCCUCAUUUCUUUCCACUCCAAAGGCUUUCCUCUGGACAAAGCUGUUGCUUACUCCAAGCUUCGAAACCCCUUUCUUAUCAAUGACCUGGCCAUGCAGUAUUACAUCCAGGAUAGGAGGGAGGUGUACCGGAUCCUGCAGGAGGAGGGUAUUGAUCUGCCUCGAUAUGCUGUGCUCAACCGUGACCCUGCCAGGCCUGAGGAGUGCAACCUGAUAGAAGGUGAAGACCAGGUAGAGGUGAAUGGGGCUGUCUUUCCCAAGCCCUUUGUGGAGAAGCCUGUGAGUGCCGAGGACCACAAUGUCUACAUCUACUACCCCAGCUCUGCUGGAGGGGGAAGCCAGCGCCUCUUUCGGAAGAUUGGCAGCCGAAGCAGCGUUUAUUCUCCUGAGAGCAGCGUCCGAAAGACAGGGUCAUACAUCUAUGAGGAGUUUAUGCCAACAGAUGGCACAGAUGUCAAGGUAUAUACAGUGGGGCCAGAUUAUGCCCAUGCUGAAGCCAGAAAAUCUCCAGCUUUGGAUGGGAAGGUCGAACGAGACAGUGAAGGGAAAGAGAUUCGAUAUCCGGUCAUGCUGACUGCCAUGGAAAAGCUGGUGGCCAGGAAAGUCUGUGUAGCUUUUAAGCAAACAGUGUGUGGUUUUGACCUUCUUCGUGCCAACGGUCAUUCCUUUGUAUGUGAUGUCAAUGGCUUCAGUUUUGUCAAGAAUUCGAUGAAAUACUACGAUGACUGUGCCAAGAUUCUGGGGAACACCAUAAUGCGAGAACUUGCCCCUCAGUUCCAGAUCCCGUGGUCCAUCCCCACAGAGGCCGAGGACAUCCCCAUUGUCCCUACCACAUCUGGCACUAUGAUGGAACUUCGUUGUGUCAUUGCGAUUAUUCGUCAUGGGGAUCGUACCCCCAAGCAGAAGAUGAAGAUGGAAGUGACACACCCAAGGUUUUUUAGCCUGUUUGAAAAGCAUGGUGGUUACAAGACAGGGAAAUUAAAACUAAAGAGGCCCGAACAGCUGCAGGAGGUGCUGGACAUUGCAAGGCUGCUGUUGGCUGAACUGGAGAAAGAACCUGGGGGUGAGAUCGAGGAGAAGACGGGGAAACUAGAGCAGCUGAAGUCUGUGCUGGAGAUGUAUGGUCACUUCUCAGGCAUCAACCGGAAGGUGCAGUUGACUUAUUAUCCUCAUGGAGUAAAAGCUUCUAAUGAGGGCCAAGCAGACCCACAGCAGGAGGCUGUAGCUCCAUCUCUCUUGCUGGUACUGAAGUGGGGUGGAGAACUGACUCCCGCUGGUCGUGUUCAGGCUGAGGAGCUGGGGCGAGCUUUUCGCUGCAUGUACCCUGGAGGACAGGGUGACUAUGCUGGCUUCCCCGGCUGCGGGCUGCUUCGGCUUCAUAGCACUUUCCGCCAUGAUCUCAAGAUCUAUGCGUCUGACGAGGGCCGCGUCCAGAUGACUGCCGCUGCCUUUGCCAAGGGCCUUUUGGCUCUAGAAGGGGAGCUGACACCCAUUCUGGUACAAAUGGUGAAGAGUGCCAAUAUGAACGGGCUCCUGGACAGUGACGGUGAUUCCUUGAGCAGCUGCCAGCACCGAGUGAAGGCUCAACUUCACCACAUUUUGCAGCGGGAUGCACCCUUUGACCCUGAGGAUUAUGAUCAGCUGGCUCCAACUGGAAGCGCUUCCCUACACAACUCCAUGGCUGUCAUUCAGAAUCCUGUAAAGGUCUGUGAUCAGGUAUUUGCCCUGAUUGAAAACCUUACUCACCAGAUCCAGGAACGGAUGCAGGACCCCAGAUCUGUAGAUUUGCAACUCUACCAUAGUGAGACACUAGAGCUAAUGCUACAGCGUUGGAGCAAGCUGGAGCGUGACUUUCGACAGAAGAGUGGACGCUAUGAUAUCAGUAAGAUCCCUGACAUCUAUGACUGUGUCAAGUAUGAUGUGCAGCACAAUGCGAGUCUGGGACUUCAAGGCACAGCAGAGUUGCUACGUCUCUCUAAGGCAUUGGCUGAUGUGGUCAUUCCCCAGGAGUACGGGAUCAGUCGGGAGGAGAAACUGGAAAUUGCCGUGGGCUUCUGUCUUCCACUGUUGCGGAAGAUACUACUUGACCUGCAGAGAACCCACGAGGAUGAGUCUGUCAACAAGCUGCAUCCCCUGUAUUCCCGAGGAGUGCUCUCCCCAGGCCGCCACGUCCGAACACGUCUCUAUUUCACCAGUGAAAGCCAUGUCCACUCCCUGCUCAAUGUCUUCCGUUACGGGGGACUUCUGGAUGAAACGAAGGAUGCACAAUGGCAGCGAGCUUUGGCUUAUCUUAGUGCCAUCUCGGAGCUCAACUACAUGACCCAGAUUGUCAUCAUGCUCUAUGAGGACAACACACAGGAUCCCUUAUCAGAGGAACGAUUCCAUGUGGAGCUGCACUUCAGCCCCGGAGUGAAAGGUGUCGAGGAAGAAGGCAGUGCACCCACUGGCUAUGGAUUCCGUCCAGCCUCCUCUGAGAAUGAGGAGAUAAAAACCGACCAGGGCAGCAUGGAGAACCUGUGCCCACAGAAGGCAUCAGAUGAACCAGACCGUGCACUGCAGACUUCACCCCAGCCCUCUGAGGGUCCUGGCCUCCCAAGGAGAUCACCCCUCAUUCGUAACCGAAAAGCUGGCUCCAUGGAGGUCAUGAACAUGCAGUGCACAGGGAACCUGGACCUGAUCCCCUUGCGGGGACGGCGCCGCCGGAGGUCAGGAGACCUCCCCCGGCCUUCCCCAGCCAUCAGCCUACAGCCCCGGGCUGUGUCCACCACUCACCUGGCGUCCUGCACACAGGUGCUUUCCGAGACUUCAUCUUCCAGGCCUGGCGGCUACCGGCUCUUUCUGUCUUCACGGCCACCUACGGAGAUGAAGCAGAGUGGCCUAGGCUCACAGUGCACAGGGCUAUUCAGCACCACAGUGCUGGGUGGCUCCUCCAGCGCCCCGAAUCUUCAGGACUACGCCCGCAGCCAUGGCAAAAAGCUACCGCCUGCCAGUCUGAAGCAUCGAGAUGAGUUCUUGUUUGUCCCGGCCGUAAAAAGAUUUUCUGUGUCGUUUGCAAAGCAUCCGACUAACGAGCUGCUGGAUGACCAGCACCCUGUGGUCCGGUUGCUGCGCCGUAUUUCCUCUGACUGCCCAGGGGGCCAGCCAGUCUCCUUGGAUGCCACGCUGGCGCAUCACCUGCACCAGUGCUCCUACCACCUGCGCCUCUUCCGGAACUGGCUGCGCUCAGGCCAGGAUGACCCCGAGUGCCUCUACGGAUUUGAAGGGUGCUCCAUGGUGCCUACCAUCUACCCCCUAGAAACACUGCAUAAUGCCCUUUCCCUGCGUCAAGUAAGUGAAUUCUUGAGUGGAGUCUGCCAGCGCCACACUGAUGCCCAAGCACAGGCAUCUGCAGCCCUCUUUGAUUCUAUGCACAGCAACCAGGCCUCCGAUGGCACCUUUUCCCCACCCCGCACUCUUCCUUCGCCCACCAUGCAGCUCCGGCAGCGCUCUGAGAAGCCCCCUUGGUACAGCAGUGGCCCUUCCAGCACUGUGUCCAGUGCUGGUCCUUCCUCCCCUACUGCAGCGGAUGGGAAUUGCCCAUUUGGCUUCAGUGGUCAACCCUCCCUAAGUUCACACGUGGCUGAAGAAUGUCAAGGCCUUGGGCUGCGCCAGGAGAUCCCUGGGAAUGGAGCACAAGAGCUCUUCAUAGAAGGAGAGCAAAAGCCUUUUGAACCAAACCAGGUCCCACAGGAACCACCUGUGGAAACCAGCCAGCCACGCCAGGAAGUUGCUGAGGUCAGCCAGCCAUGUCAUCAGGCCGCUGAUAUUAGCCAGCCAUGCCAGGAGGUCUCUGACAACAGCCAGCCAUGCAAGGAGACCCAUGAUGAUGUUAACCAGACAUGCCAGGAGGUCACUCAGAUCAACCAACUGUGCAAGAAAGUCUCUGAGGAAGCUUGCAAGCUUUUCCAGGAGAACCCUGAGGAGGCCAGCCUGCCAUGCCAAGAGGUCUCUGUGGAAGUUGGCAGGCUGGUCCAUGGGUUUCCUGAAAGGGUUGGUGGCCUGGUCCAGGAAAUCCUUGUGGAAGUUGGCAAGCCAGCCCAUGAGAUCCCUGAGGAGCUCAGCCAACCAUGCCAGGAGUUCUCUUUGGAGGUUGACAGACUGGCCCAAAAAGCUCCUGCAACCCAUCUCGUAUCUCAGGAUAUCCCUGAGGUUGAUACAGCAUCCCAGGAGUUCCCAGAAGGGGGUGACCUACAGGUUCAGGAGGGCCCUGAGGAGGUUAGUCAGCAGUCCUGUGUGGUCCCUGAGGUCAUCGAGCAGCUGCCUGGAGAGGAUGUUCCCCAAGUCCAGUAUCCAUCUAGUGAUCCAAACCCUCACUCAGAGCCAGUCUCUAGCCCAUGACCAAAACUUAUCCCUUCCACCAGCAACAUGUGAUUAAUCAUUUUCUCAUUGAUGGUGGUGUAGUAUACCAGCCAUUUGAGCUAGCAACUUUGUCUGUUGGCUCACUCACCUGCCAGCAUAAGGCCUUGGAUCUUACCAGGGUGUCUGAGGAAGCAGUCCUCUUGUCAUGAAGCAUGCCUGUGCUGGAGCUGGGCUUGGUGAGGGGCCCAUUUCGUGUUCAAACAGCCAUUGGCUCCUCACCAAGCCAUUAGAUUUGAAUAGGAUUUCCUUUAAGGGGUGGGCUGGUCUGUCAUUAUCCAGCCUCCUCUGAGCAACCCAGGAAGUUCCAGAUUGUUAAAGGAAAUGCCUCUUAACUGCUGAAGACACCAUCCCGGGACAAGUGCAAAAGGGGAUCCCAAGGCCUUCACUUUUCUGAGGAAAUAUUCAUAAUGUCUCAGAGUCCUUUAGACCAUAUGUGCAUUCAGGGGGACUCUUGUCCUGGCUAGCACUCCUCAGAUGGGCCCAGGAUGGCUGUCUGAAAUGUCUGGGAAAAAGAGUCCCCUUCCUAAACAAACAUCCAUCAUGGCCACUAAUCUUUAGAUUGGGCUUAUGGGUAUUUCCUUAUCAUCCCCAAGUGCCCUCUCUGCCCCUGUCCUGUGAAGAGGGCAAUCGCUCUAUGGAAAAAUAGGUAUUAGAUUGUUGUGAAAAUUUCAGAGUAACUACUUAAAAUGCUUUUGGGGUUCUUGACCAAUCUGUGAAGCGAGGCCUCUUUUGUUGUGGGGCUUUUUGGCUUAGAAGAUGCUGUAAUAGAGAAAAUCAGGUUCUAUUUUUAAGCAAUCAGCAGAGAUAAAUAUUGUACAGAUAUGAGCAAAGAUUAUAUAUAUAUAUGGUAGUGCCAGGGACAGACUGGCCAAAGAACAAACACUCUGGGGUUUCCAAGAGGUUUGUCCUUCUAUCAUUGUGUCUUUAGGGCCAGGUGUGAUUAUGAAGCUAAUCCCAAAGAUCUGGGCAUGGGAGUGAGGGUGGGUAUGAGGGGUAACGCUGUCAUUAGAGCGGGGGGCGGAACAUUAUGAGUGCUCAAUAAAUAUGAGGUAAUGAGAAUGGAAGAGGUGGUCAAAUCAUUGUGAACUAAAGAGUGAAUGUGACUAUAAGUCAAUCAGGUAUGUAACUGAAUCUGAACCAGUCAAAGGCCUUUUUAGUUGAGCAGGGACAGGCUAUAAAAAUAUACAGACCAGACAUCCCAGGAGGUCCCUAUGCCAAUCAACCCGCUAUCCCAAAAUGUCUGAAGUGAGUAGUGUUGUGGGGGAGAGAGGGUCUGUCUCUGUCAAACACCGGAGGGUACACAAGGCCUUUUCACCAGCUCCUUGGAAUCACGCUCUUAAGUUUUCUUCCGCUGCUUUGGAGUGUCAGGAAUUAACAUUAAGAGGUUAUACUCUAUUUAAUCCCUUGACAUUGGGAGAGCUCAGAGCACUAGGAGGGCUGGAAUAUCCCCCUGCCCAUAUAUUCACAUUCACAACUUGGCCUCUUCUUACAUACCCAGGACAUAUGAAGAGUUUCACUGAAGGGGGGAAAAUCCAACAUUUUACUCCAUGAAAAUCCUGACUGCAUAAGUGAGAGGUGUUUACAACCUCAGUAAGCUCUGGGUCUCUUAGGGCCCCUCCAUUCCUUACCUCUUUGGUGUUACCCUAUCUAAUGUGUCUGGUUAUUUGGUUCUCAACUCUUGACCUCAUGGAGAUGCCAACCCCUCUUCCUUCCCCAAACCAAAUGUUCAGGUACUGUCACCCACUUUCAGGAAUUAUGCUGUCUCCUUUUCUCCUUUAACACAUAUGUUCUCUGGCUUCCCUGGGUCCUGGAAUUGCUUCCAGUUAUCAAAGACAUUGAGAAAAACGACUAUGCUUAGAGAAGCCAGAACCCAGCAACUAAGCAAUAUGUGGAGUCAGAAGAACCCUAAGCAGCACUAUGGCAUCUGUAAUGAGCUUGAUUUAUUGUCAGAGUUGAAGGCGGCUCUGUUACAGCAGCUGGGAACUACAGCAGGGAAGUGUGGGGAGAAGCAGAGCACAGCAGCACGGGUUGGGUGGGAGCUAGGAAGGACACAGGCAGGCUCGUUUUGGUUUCCACACAGUCAUUUGGCAGAGAAGCUGAGUCCUGACGAGCGUCUGGAUUCCUCAGUCCAGCAGUAGUCUGGCAAGGCUGCUCAUUGGCUUGCUUGGGGUGAGGUCCUCUCCUGAGAUGGUAUUUUCAGCCUGUGUUCAUCUCACUCAGUAGGAGUUAAGCUUUUUAGCUCAGCUUCUUCUCCCUUUCCUUCCUCCUCCUCCUUUCCCCCGAGUCCUCUGGCAUGACCUCCCCCUCCCAGAUCCUCUCUAAGAGUCUGUAUGGGGCCGAAAAGGCAGCCAGCGUUCCCAUUUCAGCUGCAGGAUGGCAUAGUGGAAUGUUGGGGAGUCACACAUUGCUGAGGUGUCAGAUGUUGGGAUGUGCGGCAGUGGCUUAUUUUUAACCCAUUACACACCAGGCCACA